AGAAGGAUCCUGAUCAGUGCAAAGGGGACUUCCUGUCACAUGGCCGGAACACAACAAACCUACAUCCGGUUUCAGCACGUUGCCUUUUCCCUUAUAUUACCAACAAACCUCAAGCGUGUUCUGUAAAAACAGAAACAAUUCACCAACAUGCCGAAAGCCAAGAAGUCAUCGAAGAGAAAAAAGUUCGACUACAACCAGGACCGGAAGAAGAUGAUGAAACGGUCCAACAAGAAAUACAACCCCAGGAUAGAAAAUUCACAGAUUCGAAAUGCGUGGGACAACAAAAAGUCCACGGCCAAGAACCUGCUGGGUUCUAUGGGUCUGGCUUUUGAUCCAAACCGCACGGUGCCAAUAAAGAAAAGCAGCCUCCUCGGCCCGGAUAAACCAACGAAAGCCCCCACCGGCAUCGUGACCAAGCCCUACGUACUCAACCAGUUGCAGAAAGAGGCCAACGUUCCAGAGAGAGACUGCAAGACGCUGUCCUCUGAUCUGAUCGAGUACGCUCAGUACAUGAUCCGAGAGCACAACGACGACUUCAAGGCGAUGGCCCAGGAUGAGAAGAACUACUACCAGGACACGCCCAAACAGAUCAAGAGGAAGAUCAACGAGUACAUGCGGUGCCACCCGGACGCCUUCAUGGACUCGCUCGCCGCUCCGUAGCGGCGGCCCGGGGAAAAGCAGCCGAGCCGGUUCUGGACUCUCUUUUCCUCCCGCGUGUCAGGAUGUCGUCGUGUAGAGACGUAGUGCGAGCGGGACACGCGUCCGGCGUGGGGAUGUAGCUGAUGCUCGUGGACAUCUGCUACAUCCCGAUGGGGACGAGCUGCAGCACUCGGACCCUGUAAAGAUUUCCUGUUUUAAUGAAAUUGUGUGUGUGUGUGUGUCAGUCAAACGUGCUUAGCCGACAUGUGUUUGCAAUGAAAUCAUUUAAAUAUCUCUAGGCUCACUUUGCAGACGUCACUGGCUUUCUCUCCGGGCGGGGAGGCGUUUUUUUUAAAGCGUGACGUGUUGAUGUCAGAGAGAAAUCUCUGCAGCGACAUGUUUCAAGCUGUAGAAUGAACGAGUUUGAAGUGACUCGGUUCCACUGAAUUCGUCAGUUGAUUUUUGAAUCUGAAAGCAGUCUUGGCGAGGACCUAGAAGAGUUCUAUAAAGGUCACAACUUGAAGUGAAUUCUAAGACGUUCAAUAAAACCAAACUUUUCUACACUUCUCCGCAUUUCCUUUUUCCCAAAAUCUAUUGUAAAAUAAAUUAGAACUGCUGUGUUUUCCUUAAUGUUCAGUUGUUGUAAAAACUUUUUUUCCAGCUCCAAAUCCAGAUAAAAUGACUUAUUGAAUAAUUAAAGGACGAUAUAUACAUCGCA